AUGGUCGUUGAAGAGUGCGGCCUUGAGAUGGGAAUGGAUUCUAUAUGGCUCACUAGCUUCAUCAUACAUUUUGUCUCGAACACAUUUGGUGUUUCCGCCAACAUUCUUUUAGUUUAUCUUGUUCUGAAGAAAACUCCGAACCAGCUCGUCACUUAUUCUAUUCUUAUUCUCAACUUUGCUAUCUGCGACCUUGUUGCGUGCACUGCUGCCUUAUUCGUUCACCCA